AUGUGUGCAUGUGCAGGUGCUCCUGGGCGGCUCGCGACAACGCGUUCGCUGGGGGACUACUGGGCAAAGCCACAGGGACCUGCGGAGGGCCACAUCAUCUCCGGCCUUCCUGAAAUCCAGACGAUAGUGCGACGUCCUGGGCAGCAAUAUCUGCUCAUGGCGUCAGACGGCAUUUUCGGCUUUAUGCCCGAGGGAAGGCCGACCCUCAUCAUGUUCUACUGCAACUACUGCCAAUUCUGCGUGCGGGCAAGCACCGAGCUGCAAAAGCAUGCCGCAUCUGCCAAGUACAAGGACUCUGUCAAUUUCGUACUCAUCAACUUGGAAGGUGUCGGCAAAGCUGGGGAAUUUGGGGCAACCAAUCGCUUGAAGAGCAAUGUCUGGCAUGGUGCUGGGGUUCCAUCGGAGCCAUACGGCAUCCGCUAUGUGCCCCACAGAACCCUGAUCUCUUCUGCCGGUGAGGUCGUUCGGAAUUCUGAUUUCGACUGGGAUGACUUAGCUGGUCUCGGAUGA